CAAUAUGAUUAAUGAGAAAGAUCUUCUCAAUAUUAAUACGACUGAAGAAGUGUUUUCUAGAGAUAAAAUACCUCAAGAUGGUGAUAUCGACAUAAUUCAAAUACCUCAAAAUAGUGAUAUCGACAUAAUUCAA